AUGUCCCGUCUCCCUCCCAUCACCUCCUCCGCCUUUGACCUCGAGCGUCGCCGGCUCGAAUCUACCAUCGACCAGGACCUCAGCACCAUAUCCCUCUCCUCCAUAGGUAGCGCCUCUGGGUCCGGCGCCAGCGGACACGGUCCGAUAGACGGACAGCUCGUCGAUAUCGGUGAAGACGAGGGGGACCGUACUUUCCUCUCUGGCUCUGGGACAAACAUGGACAAUACCCUCGAGUACCCGCGCGGAUUUGGCCAAUCCCUUGUACAUGACAAAAGGCAGCAUGAUGAUUGGUUUAACCAUCCCCCGGCGCGUUCGCCCGAGCCCGAUGCCGACGUCCACGCUCACGCGUUUGCACAAGGACCAACCGGAACGCCCCGCGCCGCAGCGCAUAAUCGGCGUCUCGAGCGGAAUGCCUCGGGUUUAUCAGUGCCCAGCAUAGGCGAGAGCCCGGCAAGUACAGCGGGACACCACGUGUCGGCUGUGAGCUUGGCGGAUGGCGUGUUUAGGCGGAAAGGCGGGGCGUGGUCGGAUGACGGAAGCGAGUUUGACCCAGAGAGGAGUUUGGGCAGACUGGUGGGUGAGCUGGGGAAGGUGAUGGGUUCUGGAUCUGGAGGAAGGAUAUCGCCACGCCCUACAUCGCCCUUCUCGGCACACCACCACUCGCUCUCCCCUCCCCGCUCCCCAUCUCCUCUACCUACAUUCACCUCCAAAUCCCAACCUACCGCGCAAGGUCGGCAGCGCCGUCCCCACUCCCAAGAUCUCAAUCUCUCUUAUACUCUCUCCCGCGCCAACCCCCUCCCCUCCCCGCCUGAUUCGGGCGGAUCGCGCUCCGGCUCCGGAGACCAAACGACCAUCACAAACCCGUAUGCCGCUUCGACAUUCACCAAGGCUGCGCUGGAGCUGCAAGAAGAUAUCGAGGGGCGGAAGGCGUCGGGCACAAGAGGGCUGGUCAGGCCUGGACAGCCAGCUCGGAGGGCGCUGAGCGAUAGUACGGCGCAUAAUAUACAGCAGGGGGCGGUUCCGGCAGCUCAGGGCAAGGGGAAGGCAAGGCGAGUGUCGACUCUGCAGGGACAGCAAGAGCCCAGGCGGACCAGCUCAGCUCCGGCGGGAAGAAGAGGAGAUACUUCGGCGGAUGUUACGGGUAUGACGGGGUUGAUGGCUACUCCUGCCAAAGGAGGAGCUUAUGAGGUCUUGGGGAAGAAUGGGGAGGUGGGUGGGGAUGCAGGUGCUUCGAUACCUCAGACUUUGGCUACGCUGCAUGCACGCCUGCGAGGGCUGGAGACUGAGAAUUCGAUUGCGAGGCGGCGGGUCAGGGAGCUGGAGGGGGAGCUGGAGCGCGCCAAGGGGGAGGUGGAGGAUGCGAAGCGGUCAGGAGGGGAUCGACUGAGGGAGGCUAUGGGGCAGAAGUCAGCGCUGGAAGAUCUCGUCAAAUCCCUUCGAACCCACCUCACCCGGCUGACUUCCGACCUCGAGGAGAGCAAACACCUCGUACACCAGUUCCAGACUUCUCAGCCGGCACUAACUUCCCCGCCCUCGCCACCCCGGCCCGGAACAGCCUCUGAGCUGGCUGCGCUCCGUCGAGAGAUCGAGCGAUUGACACGGGAGGUCAGCAGGCUGGGCGGGGUCGUCGAGCGCGGACUGGAGACGCGUCGAGCGGCAAGAGGGGAGGGGACAGGCAGGGAGGCGCGAGUAGAGGACGCCGAGGAUGAGGGAGAUCGGACGAAAUUCCACUCGGUUCCGGCACGGUCUCAGGCCACACAGCUUCCGAAAGGAAACCACGAGCCCCGACUCCCCUCUAAACUCCGACAAGGGCUGCAUGCGUCCGCGUCGUCCAAUCCGACGCUUAUGCCCCCUUCGACCGGACCCCCUACGCGUACUCAACCACCUACGAUCCCCCGCGCCCCUCCUACCCCUCCAUCAGAAGACGAGGCACACCCCGCCCCUCGUCGCUCCGCCUCAUCCUCGUCUCGCCCAAUGAGGCAUCAUGGGGACCGGAGCAAGAGCCGUCGCGGUGCCGAACCCAGGCAAGAAGGGCCUGAGAGCCCCUUCCCCUCCAUUCGGGCCGAGGACGAGGCCGAGUUCUUUGCGCAGAUGGAGGAACAUGCGGCUCAAACUGCUACUGCUCCGCGGUCGAGAACAUCAUCGGGCGAAAAGCGGCACGUGGAGCUGCCGGAAGAGAUCCUGAGGUUUGGUAGGGGCGAGGUACCUCCCCAGACUGUGCUCAGUCGGGUGAUUAGGGAGCUGGAGGAUGAUUUUGCGCAUUACAAGGCGAUAUACUGUGAGCUCGCAGACCAGUACAAGCUCCUGGAUGCGGCGAGUGCGGCUGCGAAGCGGCAUGUCUUGGCGGAUCAUCUUAAAGAGGUGAUUGAUACGCUCGAACAAAAGGCGGACCAGAUUUCAUCACUCUACGACCUCCUCAACUUCCAAGAUCGCCCAGAUACUCGUGGCGGACCAAGCGGGACCACGCGAAAAGUCAGUAAGAGCGUCGCGGACGUUAUGCGGAUGGUGAAGGAGACAUUGGGUGAAGAAGGGGUGGAGAGGCUGAAGAGGGAAGGGGUUGUGCCUUUGGCAUCGAGGAGGCGAGGUGGGGUGGUAUAA